AUGCUUGGCUCUUCAUCCGUUCUUUUUGAGGCCGAAGACAGUGUGAUGUUGCGACAACUCGAGCUGCUGGAGAAUGAUGGACCGGUGGACGGGGAAGACACGGAGUUGGACACGGCCGAGUCAAUUGCCCGCGAGCUAUCUGGUUUGGUGUCGCAGGCAGUAAAGGGCGGGUCAGCCCAGGCGAAAACGGUGCGCCCCUCCGCUGAGCUACAGCGACAGGGCGAUGGUCGUGUCGUCGCUACGGCAGCGGGACAACCUUUCUGGAAGCGUCAAGGAGCAUAUACGUUCCGAGAUUUACACGGCUAUCAAGGUACUCGGGCAAGGAUCAACGGCUCUUGUUGA